UUUUUACUUUUGUAAAAACAAAAGUAUUUUGUUUUUUAUUGAAAUUCUACCAAAGAUGACUGUAAUUCUUUCAACAUAUUUUUUAGGAAUCCGAAUGUGUUUAUAAAACGCUAACAAAAGGCGCACCGAGUUAUUUAGUGCAAAGUCUAUCUCCUCAAGCCGUAGCCCUCCCCUUUGAGAUGAUACUAAGCCGGAAUAGUUGACGGAACAGGUUUAGGCCACACUAAAUGAUCUUAACCUGUUCCAAAGUCCAACAGUUUGUCAGAUAGCCUGUCACUAUUUUAAAGCUUUGAACCUGAAAGGAUUUCCCUUCACAUCAGGAUGUGGUUUCAGUUUAAAAUGUUGAUUGCCCUGCUGGCUGUCACAACAAUUGGGGUGUUUUUGAUGGCAAGUUAUACAGGCUGGCCUGAGCUUAAAAUGCCAAACUCGUGUCGGUGUGAGAAAUGUUUUUCAAAAGAAAACGUGUUCCUUAAUCAACACCUGAACCGCUCCAUUGAACCGUUUCUGUCGGCAACGACCAUCCUCUCUGGAGACGAAUACGACUGGUGGCGGCACUUACAAAGCAACAGACAGAACUUCAGCUACUUUAAAGCAACACUUGACAAACUGUUCAAGAUAAUCUCGCCCAGUCCUGUUCUUGAAAAACCCAAAACUGAGGGAUGCAGGACUUGUGCAGUUGUUGGAAAUUCUGUGAACUUGAAAGGGUCGCGUUACGGACCCUUGAUAGAUUUCCAAGAUAUUGUUAUAAGAAUCAACCGCGCUCCAACCAAAGGCUUUGAGGAAGACGUGGGGGCGAGAACAACUCAUCGUGUCAUGUAUCCAGAGAGUGGCUCGACUUUAGAUAACUCUACUCAUCUCAUAAUGUUUCUUUUCAAGAUAAGAGACCUGGAGUGGCUCCUCAGGUCCUUCCCAACAGGAACUUCUGGAAAGCGAGUAAAAUCCAGAGCUAACAAAAAUUUGGUGAUGGUGCUGAAUCCAGCUUUUAUGAAGUAUGUUCAUCAGACGUGGCUGGGGAAGAAAGGAAGAUACCCGUCCACCGGCUUUAUGACCUUGAUUUCCGCACUUCACAUUUGUGAUGAGGUUCAUGUGUUUGGUUUUGGAGCUGACAGCAACGGAAGCUGGAGCCAUUACUGGCAAUCAGCGAAAAGCAAAAAGUUUAAAACUGGACCUCAUCCCGGAAAACAGGAGUAUGCAGCGAUAAACAAGUUGGCAGAUGAAAACACAAUCUACUUUUAUAUAGGAAAUUGAUUUAUUUCCAGAAAUGUGAAGCUUAGUUUUUAAUUUUAUUUUAGUCAUCUCCCAAAAAGUUAGAAAAAAAUAGAAGCAGUGAAUAAACUAGAUCUUAAACCUCACACUUUAAGGUCUAAGUUUCAGUUUUAAAGAAAAAUAGAAUACAAACAUGUUACAACUGCUGUGAAAGUGGCAAUGAUCGAAACACACAACUUUAUCGGCAUAAUAUUGCAUGCCAGGUAUGUGCUACCCUUCAACGGUAGCUUUUUUAUUCUUAUUAUUUUUCACAUCAGCUAGCCUGUGGCUACAGAUGCUUGUUCUGAAAUAACUAUUGUACUACUGGAUUUAUCCUUAUUUUUGACUGGAGUGGAUAUGUCUUCUCUCUCUCUCUCGACAUUUUUAUUUAUUAUUUAUGGAAUGUAUACUAUUUAACCUGAGUGGGAUAUUUAUACAUUUUUUUAUUUUCAGGGAUUUUUUAUGUUAAGCUGGAAGUGGACAUAUCAUCCUUUUAAAUCCCUCCUUUUCACACGUAAACCAUUCACUUAUGGUCUGUAUGAAGCAGAACUGCAAUGCUUUGGUCUGAAUUCCUGGUUGUCUUAUUUCCACAGACCUCUCGUUUACCUCUGAGGCACGUUUUAGAGCGACUCGUUUUAGAGCGACUCGUUUUAGAGCGACUGGUUUUAGAGCGACUGGUUUUAGAGCGACUCGUUUUGGAGCGACUCGUUUCGGAGCGACUCGUUUCGGAGCGACUCGUUUCGGAGCGACUCGUUUCGGAGCGACUCGUUUUGGAGCGACU